AUGAACAUGAAGGCUGACCUUUUUAGCAGAUGGAUGGUUUGGGCGGUGACUUACAAUGCGGCCAUGGAGAAAGUUAAUUUGGACGCCGUGGAAGCUUUAAUGUCGCCAAUCCGGAAUAAUGAGUACGAUCUGAUCGUCGUCGGAAUGCAGGCAGUUCCUCAUUUUGAGACCUUGGGUGGAUUCGCUUCAACUUGGCAAGCAGCAGUCGCUGAAUGGAUAGCAGUGAAUGCGAGAACGAUGACUCUUGUUGCAAAAACUUAUCAAGCAACAAAUCAGUUAACGUUCUUCAUGGCUAAAAAACGGCUCGAAUCAGUAGAAGAGGUCGCCUUUCGGUAUAUGAAAAGUACAUUUGGCGGGCUGACAGGUCACAAGGGAUCGAUUGGACUUAAAGUUCGAAUGAAAGGACUGAAGAAUAGCACUUCGAAAGGUGCUGGAUUCGUUUUCGUUGUCUCUCAUUUCUUUCACGACGCCACACAAAACCAUCGACGUCUUCAGCAAUUUGGAACAAACAAAUACUGCACAUUUCCCGAUAGAUCAAAUAUCAAUGCUCGAAUCUGGUUGGGUGAUUUGAAUUUUCGAGUGGAAAAAGAUUCUGAAGAGGUGGCCUCAGCACUUCGCAAUGGAGACUUCAAAGACCUACUGGAAUCCGAUCAACUCUCGCAUGGACGGAAACAUAAACUCGUAUUUGGCACCUACAAUGAGAGCACAAUCAAUUUCCCGCCUACAUACAAGCUAGUGAAGGGAACUACUGAAUAUGAUUACCGGCGUACACCAUCUUGGUGUGACAGGAUUUUAUUUGAGGGGACGGGAAUAACUUGUGAGAAGUACGAUUCAAUUCCACAAGCCCUUCACAGUGACCAUUUGCCAGUAUACGGUGAAUUCAGCAUUAUGGCACCGAGUGCUGGUGAAGCGCAAUGGGAUGUGGUUUUCGAAUCAAUACCAACAUGGCUUACACCAGUGCCUCUCGUUGUUCGUUUUCAAUAUCUAAACAAUUUUUGGUCAAAAAAGGGAGCUUAUCAAGACUGGAUCGGUAUUUAUCCAGCAACUAUCGAGGAUAUUACUCGUCCGCUUAAAUGGAACUAUGCGGUGACUUGCUACGAAACAACGAUCAACGAGAUAUUGUACUCGGUUGCAGAAUUAUCCGCUAUGCCAGCUGGAACUUAUCGGGUUGGAUACUUUUCAGCCAACUUCCAUGUUCUAGUGGGCCUGAGCAAUUCGAUUAAAAUCGAGGAAGUUAGUUUGGAGAAUUUU